AUGUCACAACGCAAAGUUGCCCUAGCAGUCAUUGACUUGCAAGAGGAUUUCCUUCCUCCACAUGGUUCUCUAGCUGUAGCACAAGGAAGAUCUGUGAUUCCACUCAUCAAUGACUUAGUGACAAAUCGCCAAUUUAAAUGGUCAGCUGUCAUUGCUACUCAAGACUGGCAUCCAAGUGAUCACACAUCGUUUGCCUCCCAACACGGGGUUGCUCCGUUCACAGAAUUGGAAUUUAAGCAUCCUCUAGAUGAAAAAGAUCCCGUGACCAAUGAGGUUAUAAUUAAGAAACAGGUAGUCUGGCCGGACCAUUGUGUUCAAGAGUCAAGCGGUGCAUGCAUAGACGCUCUGUUUCUCGGCAACUUCAAUCUGAUAAGUCCCAAUAUCGUUAAGACAGUUGUGAAGAAAGGCUACUUAUCUGACCGAGAAUACUACUCCUGUUUCCAAGAUACAUGGGGUUUGCACCAUACCGAAAUGGAGAAGUUUCUCCGGGAUAACAAAAUUACCGAUGUAAUAUUCGUCGGUUUAGCCUACGACUACUGUGUAUUUAACUCCGCCAAGGAUAGUGCUGCCGAUGGGUUCAAUACUUAUGUGCUCAAAAAGUGUUGCAAGAGUGUAUAUCCUGAAAAGGAAGCCGAAACGGACGAGCUAUAUCGUAAGGCAAACGUCACCAUCAUCGAAGACGACUCGUAUGUUGAUCUCUUGAAAUGA